CCCCCUCCGGUCACGUGGUGCGGAGAUGAGCUGGAUUAAUGCAGCGGUGAGGAACGAACGGGACAGUAACGGGAAACGGAAAUAACUCAGGAUUUAACGGCAACCGAAUGCUGCGACGGUGAGCGAUAGCUCUCGAAAGCCAUCGAGAUUUGAACAACAUUACAUUCCAUCCAGCUGAAAGGCCAUACGUGAAAUAGUUGUGCUAAUUUUUGGACGGAAAUAUGAUUUCUCCGUGGGACAGAUGGUACACGACCGGCUGCUGCCUGUGCUGUCAUGUACGGACGGGCACCAUUAUCCUGGGCAUCUGGUAUAUGCUCAUCAAUGCAGUGGUUUUGUUAAUCCUGUUGUCGGCCCUCAAUGACCCAGUCCAGUACCACUACCAUCUCACCAGUUCAGAGCUCGGCACAGAAUUGGACGUCAUGGACGAUGCAAAUAUGUGUAUUGCUGCAGCAAUCUCAUUGCUGAUGAUUUUGAUUUGUGGAAUGGCAACCUAUGGUGCAUACAAGCAACAUGCUGCCUGGAUCAUUCCUUUCUUCUGCUACCAGAUCUUUGACUUUGCUCUUAACACACUGGUAGCAUUAAGCGUGGUGGUUUACCCCAACACUAUACAGGACUACCUUCAGCAGUUGCCUGGGACCUUUCCAUACAAAGAGGACUUGAUGUCCACAAACAACAUGUGCCUAGUAUUAGCAGUGCUUCUCUUUGUUGGAUGCAUCUUAGCCUUUAAGGCUUACCUGAUUGCCUGUGUGUGGAACUGCUAUAGAUAUGUCAGUGGAAGAAGCACUACAGAGGUCCUGGUUUAUGUCACAACAAAUGACACUACAGUACUACUUCCACCCUACGAAGAGGCAGUAGCCAUUCCACCGAAGGAUCCCCCACCCCAAUAUGUUUCGGCUUGAGAUCGACGUACCACUCUCUUUCUCUUACUCUCUCCCAAGACACAAUCUCUCAUCACAAUAGCUCAUUCCGCUGCCUCCGUCUCCUACUUGAAGCUGUGUGACGUAAGUCUCCUCUCCUCUUCUGUCUGGAGGCAGUAGAAUGACAUUGAGAUGCCCUUCCCAAUACAAGGCUGCCCAGCUGUCCUGGCAACCCAACGCUGUGUGUCAGCUCCAAUCUGAUUUGCACUUUUGGUGAUUAUGUGUGGCACCGACCUUUUUAAUACUGUGAACUUCUCAGUAGUGAUGUUGUCUACUGAUAUACCUGAGAUUUGAAUGCAGUGUGCAUGAUAAACAUGGGUGUUACAUAAGAGCACUUUUCAAAUGGGAAUUCAAUAUACUGAAUGUAAAAAGGCGGCUGUUUUCACAUACUUUUUUGGCAAAUGUACUGUAUGGAAAGAAAUGUUAAGAAAUUCUAAUUCUGAUUCAGAAUAUAACUAAAUUAGUUUUAAAAAGUUAUCGUAAGCAAUUCAACAGUCUUCCUUCAUGCAUGAACAAUGUCCCAAGACAUGAUCCAACCACAGUCUUUGGGUAACGUUCUCUUUCAAUCAAUUGCUAAUUAUUUCAGUCAAUUUCAGAGGGUGUUGAUGUUCCUAAUGGAACUGCUUUUUAUGAAGAGCUACAUACAUUUACUGUAUACAAAUGUAUGUCGCUGUAUACAUUUACAUAAUGACACUGGUUUAGAUGUACAAGUAAUUUUACAACAGAUUCUGUUGACUGUGUAUUUGAAUUAACACCACAGGAUAAAAUAUCUUCACUUCAAAAUUUGACUGCUCAAAUGAGUAAAUGAGAAUUACAGGUGUAUGGAAAUCAUUUUUUGUCAUUUGUUAAGGCUAAAUUCUCCUGUUCAGAGAAGCAUCCUACUUUUCUGUCAUAAUCACUAAGUAACAAUCUAUGGAUGCAGACUGCAAUGUUUUUGCACAUAUAAAUAUUAUUAAUUCAUAUUAUUGUCUGUUAUAAACAGUGUUUAAAUCAGUAAUUGUGACAAAUGAAAAGAAAAAGAUGUGACCCCAACAAUAGAUUUGCAUCUAGGCAAAUAACUAGUUAAGUUCAAAUGACACAGCAUCUCCCUUAGUUACUUUCUAUCUUAAAGUAGCUUCUGUUAUUGGGAACAUUUUUCAUUUUUAUAUACAGUGGCUAUGCAACGAUAUUUUGUAAUAUGCAUCCAUAGCUUACAAUAUAGUUGCAUUUAUUAGUCAUGGUAAUGUUAGGUAUAGAACCAUUAAUGAAAGUGUAAAAAAUUUUCAAAUUGAUGUCGGCAUUUUCCAUUCAUUGUUCUGUGCGUAGACUGCCAUCUUCAAUUCAGCAUCGCAAAUUCAGCUUCACAUAACCAUCAUUUUACUGUGGAAGUGGUUUACCUACAAAAAAACCUACUACUGUAUGCAUCCUGGCUGAUAACUUGCAAAAUAUUCUGUAUAUUUGGAAAUAAUGUUAAUUAUAUACAGUUGGGUUCAAAAGUCUGUGUUCAUGCUGUUGACACUGAACAUCUGGGAUUCAGUAUCUAUUUUAAACCUGGAAAUAAACAAAGUUUUUGGCUUUUCAAAAAAAAAAAAAAAAAAAAGAAAUAAACAUAA